UCCCCUGGCUAGUGAACCAUUAAGCUACCAAAUAUUUGCCAGCCGUCAGCUCACUGCUCCGCUAUAAAUACUUCAGGCCCAGGUGGAGGGACGGCGAGGGGGAGCGGCGCGGGAGCCUAUGCAUGGCCAGGCAGCUGCACCAAGGGUGAGUCCAAGCGCUGAGGUGCCCCUGCCCGCUGACAUGGCUGCGGGCGUCAUCCGGCCCCUGGCCGAGCUGCGGCUGCCCUCGCCCUUCCCGCACGGUUUGCUGCUGCCCGCGUGCCCCGAGCCCGACUUCCCUGACCUCUCCGAAGAGGAGGAGGAAGAGGAAGACGAAGAGGAGGUGGCAGAGGAGAGCACGAGGGCAGAGCUGGCCGUCCCGAGCACCACCGAGACCACGCUGCAGCUCCUCAAGUUUUCGGAGCUUAUCAGCUGUGACAUCCAGCGGUACUUCGGGCGGCGGGACCGGGACGAGGCCGCCGGCAGCCGUGGCGUGCCCGAGGACUGCGGCUCACCCCGGCACGCCGAAGCCCAGCCCGAGGCCGUGGCACCACGCGGCAGCCCCAGGGCUGUGCACAGGCUGGGGCCGCUGGCAGAGCUCUUCGAGUACGGCGUGCACCGGUGCCUGCUGCCGCGGGCGGCCGGCGGCAAGACGCAGCGGCUGGAGAGGAAAUAUGGCCACAUCACUCCCAUGCAUCGCAGGAAGCUGCCGCCUUCCUUCUGGAGGGAGCCUGGCCCCAGUCCCACCAGCCUCCUCCACACCAGCACCCCUGAUUUCAGCGACCUCUUGGCCAACUGGACGGUGGAGCCGGGGCCGGAGCUGCCAGGCACUGGGCGGGAGCUGCCGGCCGAGCCGGGGCGCCUGGGGCUGGAGGCAGAGCCCUUCGCUGGGCUGUGACCCCGGGGGCCUCCAGCCCCGCCACGUGCCCCACCGUUAA